AUGUUCUACUCUUCAGGUGGGUCUAAGGGUUUCAAAAAUACAUAUAAAGAGGAAGAUGGAGGCGAUGGUAACAUCACUGGAAAAUUCGAUCCUAGUGCAUUGGAACGCGGUGCAAAUGCCCUUAAAGCUUUGGAUGCUUCUCCAAAUGCAAGAAUGGCCUUUGAACUCACAAAAUUGCAAGAAUUGACACGGCAGCAAGAAAUACAAAGGGAGAUACAACAACUACAACUUAGACAAUCAGAAGCAGUUAGCCAAAAGUCCAGAAUCGAAGGGGAAGAGAGAAGGAAACUGCUAUCGCAGCAACAGGAACAGGAACGGAUUACCGCCCAGUAUAAAGCCCAGCUUGAAGCAGAAGCGUAUAAAAACAAGUUACAGGAACAAAAGAAGCAAAAUGAAGAAUGGCUAGAAUUGCAACAUAAGCAAUUUCUCAAGCAAGAGGAGUUGCGCAAGAAAACUGAAAUGGAUAUAUUGAAGAUGAAGAAAGAACAGGCAGAACACGAAAAAUCUCUGGAAAGGGAGAGUAUUAAGGUCAAAGUAAGGGAGGAGGCGAAAGCAAGGGCUUACGUGGAAAGGGAAAAUUUUGAUAUAAAUUUAAAAAUGUUGAAAGAAAGAUCCAUUGAAGAAAGGGAGACAAAAUUGCAGUCGCUAAAUAUCAUAUUCUCUUCCUUAGGGAAUUCCUUUAGAUCUCUUAUAGAUGAUAAAAAAAGAUUAUAUACUUUUGUUGGCAGUUUAUCUGCUUUAGCACUGGGUGUUUAUGGAGCAAGAGCAGGGACAGAACUUGCAAAAAAAGUAUUUGAAAAAAGAAUCGGUAAACCAACACUUGUAAGAGAGACAUCAAAGUGGGUUAUGAUGAAUUCUUUACGAAACUUUUUAAGUUUCAGAUAUUUUACCAAAAGAUAUCCUAAAAUCGAUUCAAUAGUUCUCCAGCCAGAGCUGAAACAGAGGCUAGAAUGGACCACUAACUCACUUGUUUCUGCGAAAAAUAAUAAAAUUCCUUACCGUCAUAUAUUGUUAUAUGGGCCUCCUGGUACAGGGAAAACUUUGUUUGCAAAGACAAUUGCUAAAAAUUCUGGGAUGGAUUAUGCUAUAGUCACUGGGGGUGACAUAGGUCCCCUAGGUGAAGAAGGUGCUAGUGAAAUUAAUAAGUUAUUCGACUGGGCCAAAAAUUCUAAAAGGGGACUAAUCCUUUUCAUUGAUGAAGCAGAUGCUUUUUUGCGCAAAGGUAGAGCUCAAAUAGGUCAAAUGUCUGAGAAUGUACGCAAUGCACUUUCGGCAUUUUUGUAUCAAACAGGUACAGAAACCACCAAAUUUUGUCUUAUUUUGGCCACAAAUGAAAAGAAUAUUCUCGAUCCUGCUAUAUUGGAUAGGGUGGAUGAGAAAUUCAAUUUUGAAUUGCCUGGCCUAGAAGAGAGGAAGAUGAUGAUUAAAUUGUUCAUGGAACAAUACGUAAUAGGUCCCUCAAAGAAUGAUAAAACUAUUGUAAUAGAUCCUAAGAUAAAUGAAAGUUUUAAUGACAAAGUUGCUAGGAAUACUCAGGGAUUCUCAGGUCGUCAACUUGCUAAAUUUUGUAUAAGUUUGCAGUCUGCAUUAUUUGGAUCUGGGAGCAAAAUUUUGUCAGUAGAUUUAGCGGAAAGCAUAUUGAAUUGGCAUUUAUCGCAAGAAAAAAAUCUGGCAUAA